AUGGCGGCGGAGAUGAGGAGGAGGAUGAUGAGGAUGAUGGCGGCGGCUCCCCCUCCUCCGCCUCAGCGACGGCCGCUCCGCUCCUCUCCCUCCAACAAGCCAAAGCGAGGGCGACGACGGGCCGAGUCCAGGCGCGAGGGAGGCCUCACGUAUCACAAGACUCUCCACUUUGCUUCCCCCCCCUUCUUCAUUUCAGGUGUGAUUGGCGCUGGCAUCGGGGGCACCUCAGCAGCCUACUUUCUGCGCCAGAAGUUUGGCAGAGACGUCCAGAUCGAUGUGUUUGAAAAGGGAGAAGUUGGGGGCCGUUUGGCUACUCUCAACGUCGAAGGAAAAUAUUACGAAGCCGGAGGAACCAUCAUUCACCCUCUUAACCUGCACAUGAAACAUUUUGUCAAGGAGUUAGGCCUGUCCGUUUCUGCAAUACAAGAUGGACUCCGAGGCUUCUACAGUGGAGAGGAACUUGUCUUUGAGGAGAGCGGCUGGUACAUUUGGAAUUUUCUCAAACUCCUCUGGCACUACGGACUGAAUGGCCUGCGAAUGUACCUGUGGGAAGAAGAAAUCCUGGACAAAUUUAUGAGGAUCUAUCGUUACCAAUCUCACGACUACGCCUUCAGUACCAGCGAGGCCUUGCUCCAUGCCCUCGGGGGCUCUGACUUCCUCCAGAGGCUGAAUCAGACCAUGGAUGAGUCCAUGCAGAGAGCGGGCUUCUCUCAGAAGUUCAUUAACGAGAUUGUCACUCCGGUCAUGAGGUACAAUUAUGGACAAGGUGCCAGCAUCAACGGCUUUGUGGGUGUAGUGGCCUUGACAGGUACUGAUCCUGGACUUUGGUCAAUCGAAGGGGGCAACAAGCGGGCCUGUUCUGGUCUUCUCGAAGCUUCUAAAGCACAACUGACUCCUGGCACUGUUCUCUCAGUAGAAGGAAAAACCAGGCAAGAAGGACGCUCAGGUGGUGCAGUGAAAUUCUAUGAAGUUAUGUACAAUUCUGCAACGGGAUUAACAUCAGAUUCAUAUGAUAUCAUUGUGGUUGCUACUCCGUUACACCCUAAAAUUGCCAGCAUAGCAUUCCACAACAUCAAACCAUCUAUCCCUGGGUUCUCCAGACCAUAUGAACCAAUUGUGACAACGUUCAUCCACGGGCAGAUUAACGCCUCUCUCUUUGGCUACAAGGACCCUUCCCAAUUCACCUUAAGUGACGUUUUCACAAUGGAGAACCCAAAUGCAUUCUUCUAUAGUCUUAGUGUUGUCUCUCCAGUGCAAAACACAACAGAUCCGUUUCUCGGCUCUCAUGUUUGGAAAGCAUUCUCAGCUGAGUCUUUGACCAAGGAGCAGCUUAACUUGCUUUUCUCAUCCUAUGAUGCUGUGGAAGAGAAGAAGUGGCUUGCUUAUCCACACUACAGCCCUCCAGAGAAGUGCCCUCCUGUCAUUCUCCACGAUCACAUGUACUACCUCAACAGCAUAGAGUGUAUUGCAAGUGCCAUGGAAAUGAGUGCCAUCUCAGCCAAAAAUGUAGCACUCUUGGCUUACCAUCGCUGGUACAACAAGGUGGACAUGAUUGAUCAGGAAGAUUUGCACGAGAGACUUAAAACAGAGCUUUGAGGCAGCAGACACAUUGCCAAGAAAAACGCUACAAACACUGUAAUAGAAAUUGAGCCUACGCUGCAGCAGCAAAACCUCUAAGUGUUUAAAAAGAAUACGUAACAUAGAACUUCUUUCACACAGUGUGUCCAUUUCUUUAAUUUCUGCCAACGUCCCACUCUUUGCAAAUAAUGGAUUUCCUAUCAACGUUUAUUCUGCGUGCAGGAAGAAAUCUGAAACAUUACAGGCAAUCUAUUGCUUCCUCCCCCCCCCCAGCACACAACAGAAACCGUGCUUUCUCACAAAAGGCUGGUCUGUUGAGCCCACAACUGUUACCUUAGCAAUUCAGUGCAACAACUCCUGCAAAAUCAUCCUGUGUGUGCACAAAAUCCUAAUAGGAUCCUGCCCCAAAUCCUUUGGGCUGCCUACAAGUAUUUUUCUACAUCUGCAUUAAGAAAUGCUGAUUAUGUAGAGGACUCACCAGGAGCCAAGAGGUCCUCACUUUUAAGUUCAUUUUACUGACUACUUGAAUAGCCAGAGCCUAAUCACUUACAAAUAUAAACCAGCUUUACCAUGUAACACUGAAUGUAGGUGUACAACUCCCGUUCUCCCAUAGCAGUGGUGCAAACCUCUUCAUUAUUACCCUACGUCCAAGCAAGAAUACACGAUAGGACUCUGUAAAGGGAAGUUUGGAUCAUUAGAACUAUUCCUGUGUUUUCUGCAAUUCUUAAAGGAGCAGCAAGAGAUGAAGCCUGGAGAGUAGGAUUUAAUGCCUCGGUAGGGUGCCUCCCACUCAAAAUUCUCUUCGUAUAAAGAACACUUGUUUGUAAAACUAGGAACAGGCAAACCGAUUGGCAAAUAGCACCAUACAGGUUCUGUGUUACACUCACUAAUAAAAUCUAAUAUGCCAGAGCCACUAACUAAUAGCAGCUAAAACCAGAAACUUACAAUCAUAUUGUUACUGAGGUUUGUUUGGCAGUCAAAUAAAUUGUUGGCACAAUCCGUCUUUGCAA